AUGCCAAAUACCACCACCACAAACCCAUACCACCUCCCCCUCCUCCUCUGCAUAUUCAUCCUCGCUUUCUUCCCUUGCCUCAUCGGACCACUGAUCUACUCACCCCUCACCCUCCUCUCGUACACUUUAUCCCUGUUACCUUGGUCCACUUCCACCCCACCUUUGGCCUCCUUCUCACAGCAACCUCCCACAAUGUCGUUUUCGCAAAAACAGUUUACACUGCCUGCGAAGAGUAGAGGCAGUUAUCUCAUCACCGACACGGUGAUGGAAAAAGUACCAGAAAUCAAGGACUACAAAGUGGGGAUCUUGCAGCUGUUUGUGCAGCAUACGAGUUGUGCGUUGAGUUUGAAUGAGAAUUGGGAUGAGGAUGUGCGCCACGACAUGUCCGACGCCCUCGACCGCAUCGCCCCCGAAGACCGCAAGGGAAACCUGUACCGCCACUCUGCAGAAGGCCUUGACGAUAUGCCCGCACACAUAAAGUCUGCACUCAUUGGCGCUUCAGUCAGCAUUCCGAUUACAAAUGGAAGGCUCAACACAGGGACCUGGCAAGGUGUGUGGNNUUUUUUGGAGUUUAGGGCAAGUAAGCAUCAGAGGAAGGUUGUUGCUACUAUUAUGGGGAGAAGGCUUAGAUGA